UGUCUGGGGAGGUUAAAACUAUACGUGGUAGAUCCGUAAUUAUCUGCAGUGACACAUAACAUAGAUUCGUAAUCCCAAAACUCGUGCAAUGGUACGUCAGCUCCUACGUGGCAAGUAAAGACAUGAUACAGGAUAAUCCAUUACCAAACUAUCACCGAAACAAACACACUCAACGAGCUUCUUCACUUCUUCUUCUUAUCUUCAAGCGGUAAGGACGACAGAAAGAUUCCAAAAAUGGCUCAUUCAUGGGAUCAGCUAGGGGAAAUAGCUUCAGUGGCGCAGCUCACAGGAGUAGACGCCGUGAAACUCAUCGGAAUGAUAGUCGCCGCCGCGAACACAGCUCGUAUGCACAAGAAGUAUAGAGUUGGAGGCUCAAUACUUUUAUUAAACGUAAGAAAGCUUAAAAUCUCUGAGAUGAAGAAGACGCGCCCUGAGGUUCAGGAGCCUCUCGAAGGGCUUGAGGACGCUCUUAGAAGAUCUUACCUUCUUGUCAACAGCUGCCAAGACAGGAGUUAUCUCUACUUGUUAGCCAUGGGAUGGAACAUUGUCUACCAGUUUCGUAAGGCUCAGGACGAGAUCGAUCGUUAUCUCAAGAUCAUUCCGCUUAUAACGUUGGUGGACAACGUUCGGGUUCGUGAGAGGCUUGAAGUUAUUGACAGUGAUCAGCGUGAGUACACGCUCGAUGAAGAAGAUAGAAAGGUGCAAGAUGUUAUUUUGAAACAAGAAUCCACCAGAGAAGCUGCUGCUUCGGUUCUCAAGAAGACGCUCUCUCGUUCUUACCCCGAGAUGGGUUUCUGCGAAGCGCUUAAAACGGAGAAUGGGAAACUCCAAGUUGAGUUGCAACGUUCACGGGCUCGUUAUGACACGGACCAAUGCCAUGUCUUACAACGUUUGAUUGAGGUCACGGAAACUGCUGCAGAUGUUGAUGAUGAACCUGUGAAAGAUGACUCAUAUGAUGCAGUUUAUCCAAAGAAAAGUAGUACUAGAGGGAUAGAAUCAUCACAACACCAGGAAGAAUGGCACACUGACUUGUUGGAUUGUUGUUCAGAACCUUCCCUAUGCUUAAAGACAUUCUUUUACCCGUGUGGUACAUUGUCAAAGAUAUCCACUGUGGCUAAUAACAAACAAAUCACUGCAAGUGAAGCUUGUAAUGAGCUAAUGGUGUAUUCUUUGAUGCUCUCUUGCUGCUGCUAUACUUGUUGCAUCAGGAAGAAGCUUCGGAAUACGCUGAAUAUAAAGAUCGUCUUGAUUUGGCAGGGAGGGUCCAUUGAUGACUUUUUGUCACAUCUAAUGUGUUGUUGUUGUGCUCUUGUCCAAGAGCUGAGAGAAGUCGAGUUUCGAGGAGCUUCUUACGCAGAUACAGAGAAGAAGAAGAAAAAUAUGACUCCACCAUCACCUCAGUUCAUGGAAGAAUGAACUAACACGGAACAGAACAUUUUUCUUGGAUGAUUUUUCCUUGAAUAUUUUAUGUAAAUUAGAGUCUAUGUAUAUUUUCAGAACGCUCCUUGUACUUUUUUUUUACAUCGAAUAUGUAAUUAUGUAGGUGACGGAACAUUUGUAAGCAAUGAACAUUUGAUGAAAAUAGCAUGGACCAAACUCGUUGUUUUAGUC